AAUUUCCUUUCUUGGCGCACUUCCGCAAAUUCCGGUGGUCUCCUGCGUAUUGUUGCGUAUAUCAGAUGAGUAAGAUGAUGAAUAAGAUAUGGACUCAAUUCAGGGGUGGCUGCUUAUUUCGAGGAUAUUUGAUUAAGUUCAACAAUAGUAUUACCAGCCAAAUUAAAAAUGAUCUGAAAAUCGAAGAGUUGCUAACGGAACGGAAGCAACUGGAGACAAAAACCGGCACGCUCACCAAGCAGGUCAGGGGACUAGAGGUCAUGGUCUCCGACUUGACGCGGGCUAUUAAACGCACAGAGUUCGAUAAAGACAUGGAUCUGAGAAUUAAAGAGACAGCAAAAAAAGCACCAGCCGAAAAAGGGAUUGAGAUCAGCCCCACCUCGACAUCUUCUCCGUCAAACAAAAAAAAAAUCACCCAGUGUCGGUGAUAUGAGUUGAUGCAAAAAUCCCCUCGAGUGGUUCACAGGGGU